AUUGGGAAAACAUGUACGAGACUUGCACCAGUUGAGAGGCUGGAGUGGUGAAGAUACAUGGAGAAGAGCAAUGAUGACGACAGAGACCCCUGGUUUGCACCAGACAAGCUCUACCAUGUUCUUUUUUGUUUGUCUCUCUCCUUCUUCUUCUCUUUACUUGCCUCUCUGACCCGGUACAUGUUUCUUAGACGAAACUCCAUUUGGAUCGGGUCUAUUCUCUCCCUGGCUGCUGGAGCCGCCAAGGAGGCUGCCGACCACAUGGGUAUUUUUCCUUCAGCCGGCGCCUCGGCUAAGGAUGCAGUUGCUGACGUAAUUGGCGUACUGAUUGCUGCUUUGGUUCUCUAUAUCCGAAAGCAUUCCAGGCCCGAUUCUGAAUUAGGGCAGACCCGUCUAGUUUUGCCUCUUUGAUCAAGGUUGGGGAGCCUUGUUAUUUGGACGGUAAGCGGGUAAUGAGGAGGUCCGGCUUGGAAGUAAGGAGGAAGGAGCAAUUUCAUUUUUCUGAGAAGAAGGAAUAGUGACAUGGAGUGAGGUGAGAAGAUGUGCUGCAUGAGAUUAAGGGAGGUAAAUAUUUGAUUUUGUUUAAGUUUAACAAGUCUAUUGAUAUUUGAAGAAACAAUUAAAUGAUAAAUGUAAUAUUUUCUUAUCUUUCAUGGAUACUGUAGAGAAUUAAGAUAUUCACCUACUGCAUUUUCUGUCGUAACAGCAUGCAUAAUGGAGUGUGCUAUGCCAGCUGUGUUUUCUGUUGUAACAGCCAACUGUUUUGUUAUCCAUUUCUGGUGCUCCUUUUAUUUUUUUCUCUUCGACCUUUUUCUUAGAUAUAUAUAAAUAGCAGUAGCCUUCUUGUAUGGGGUGUAAGAAAAUUAUAUAUUUUAAAUAGAAAGAUUUCUUGGUUCGACAGCUUACUCUGUUCAUGGUAUCAGAGCGCAAUCGAUCCAAAUUGAGAGAAAACAAAUAGUUUUUAGGUAUGGGGGGAAUUAUUGGCGUUACAGAGACUGUGACAGGAAGUGUUCCAGGAGCUAGACAUAACGACGAAGAUCCAUUACUUCUUCAAUCAUCUAAUAAUCCAGGCAUGAUUCUUGUUUCCACUCCAUUAAAUGGAAACAACUAUCUAACCUGGAGUUGUUCCGUGAAGAUAGCUCUAGGAGCCAAGAUGAAGCUGGGCUUCAUAGAUGGAAAAUAUGCAAUGCCAAAACAAGGAUAAGAGAAUUUUGAAAAAUGGAAUAAAAUGGACUGUAUGGCACAGUCUUUGAUACUAAAUUCCAUUGCCAAAGACAUUGUAGAUGCAUUCUUGUAUACUGCAUCUGCAAAGGAACUUUGGCAGGAAUUGGAGGAGGGAUUUGGAGAAUGCAAUGGUUCGUUACUAUACCACUUGCAGAGGGAGAUUUCUUCCAUUUCUCAAGGGAACCAAACAGUGGUUCAGUACUACACAAAGUUUAAGAAGUUAUGGGAUGAGCUGCAAUGCUUGCAACUAGUUCCACAAUGCAGCUGUGGAGCAGCUCAGCAGGUAAUAGACUAUAACUCUUCUAGCAAGUUGAUGCAAUUUUUAAUGGGUCUGAAUGAUGGAUAUGAUAACAUAAGAAAUUAGAUUUUGGUGAUAGAACCAUUACCUUAUGUGAACAAAGUUUAUUCAAUGAUUUUGAGAGUUGAAAAACAAAGAAAAGUUAAAAAUGUAUACACAGAUAUCCUGGAUAAUGUUGCUAUGAUGACAGUUAAUAACAAAAGAACAUGUCAUGAUGCAAAGAAUUAUGGCAAUGAUAGAGGUGGAGCUAAGAAGAUUGAUAAAUCUAAUUUAUGUUGUUCACAUUGCAAUUUUACUGGACACACCAAAGAGACAUGUUUUAAGAUCCAUGACAUUCCUGAUUGGUACAAAGACCUCAUGAAAACCAAAGGGAAACAAGGUUUUAAACGGAUGGCAAAUAUGGCAGAUGUGGAUACUAAGAUCAAUGCUGACAAGGAAGGAACAAUUUCAGCAGGUAUAAACAACAAGAUUCAGGAGCUGAUUCAACAAGAAAUUAGUAAACUUAUUAAAGGGAAAUGUAUCACAGAGGAGGUCUUGUUAACAUGUCUCAUUUCCAAGAUUUUGCAGGUAUAACUUCACACCAUUUUGCUUUUAAUAUACUUGAUCUAUUGGAACCUGAUAGCUGGAUUGUGGAUACAGGAGCCUCAAGUCAUAUGUGUAGUGAUCUAAAACUCAUUCAAAAACCAAAUCCAGUCAAAGCCAUUACUCUUGUUUUCUUACCUGAUGAUUCAGUCAAUAUGGUACAUCAUGUAGGAGAUGUACAUUUCUCUCCCAAUCUUAUUUUAACAUGCACUUUGCAUGUACCAGUUUUCCAAUAUAACCUACUAUCAGUAAAUAAACUUUCAGAAACCUUUUUGAUUAAAUUUGUUUUCUUUUCUAACUAUUGCUUGUUGCAGGACCUACAAAAUGAGAAAAUCCUAACUGUUGAAAGGGUGAUUGGGCGAUUUUACAUUUUGGAUUCAAUAAGCAUUAGUCCUGACUUGAUUGAUUAUCACACAAAUUUGUUAAAACAAAAUAGCAAUACUGUUAAUUUAGUUCAUUCUCUCAGCUGCAUUUGUAUUGAUUCCAAAAAAAAAAAAAUCAAUUCAGUUCUUAUCUCUUUGGCAUAAAAGACUAGGACAUGCUUCCUCUUUAGCUUUGUCUCAUUUACAUUUUCUAAAAAAUAAACAUGUUUCCCUUGCUCCUUGUGACGUUUGCCAAAUAGCUACGCAACAGAGAACAUCAUUUCCACUCAGUCAUAUUAAAACCACCAAAAUUUUUCAAUUAAUACAUGUAGAUCUUUGGGGACCUUAUAACCAAAAAUCUUUGACAGGAGCAUAUUUUUUUCUCACCAUUGUUGAUAAUUUCAAUCGUUCAUGCAGUGUCCCAUGAAGAAAAGCAUUGUUGAUGUCACUAAUCUACAUACCUGUCCAUUUAAUACAUUUAUAUAUUUUAAAUAGAAAGGUUUCUUGGUUCGACCGCUUACUCUGUUCAGAUACUCUUACCAGCAAGUUGAGCUACUUUUCCCUCUUUAUCAGAGUUAGAUGAACAUUUGCCAGUCUUUACUAUAGAAUUUGAACGGCUUAACAAAUUGGAACAUAAGCGUAUUAUUGGGUUCAUUAAAUGUGAUAUUAAGCAAAGGUCUUGACCUAUUUCUGGUUGGCAGAUGAAGUUUUUAAGUAAUGGGUUCAUAAAAACCAGAGUUGAAGGCCUUAAAUUGGUACUCCUGGGAGUCAUAAGCCAAGUUAGGCUAGUUAAAGCCCAAAUUGUUGUUCUCUUACAACAUAAUUUCUUUGAAGAUGAUAAAUGUCGCUUAGCUUCUCCCUGUUAAGGAAAUAGUUAAGAGUUUCUAUGUUUUGUUUCAGUGCAGUAAUGGGGCUGGUUGUGAAGUUGACCUGCAAUGGAGAAAUGGCUGAAGUAUGCCAUUUGGUGCAUGCUCUAACAAAAAGGAUGCCCCCAAAAUUUAUGCAAUGAACUGAUGGAGGUUUCAAAGGAAUUAUCGGACCCUUAACCCACCAGAGCGACCUCCUACUCAUCUGCGUUGUUCAUAUUUCACAUCUGGAUUUGUGAUAGAAAUCUCAUGAUAGUUUCUGAUGAUCACCUUCUAAAGCUUCUCGCAGUUGAAGGCUUUUCAUGAGUGUCAGCAUCUUCCUCCGGCAGCUUGACUGCAGUAUAGAUUCCGGCACCACUAAGUGCACCCAGUAUGGGAGCUAUAAGGUACACCCAUAUGGCUUUGUAGUUGUUUGCUGCUAUGGCUGGGCCUAGUGUUCUUACUGGGUUCAUGGAAGCUCCUGUUGAUGGUCUGUAUCACACGGUAAAACAACACAUUCACAUAUAUGUACUUCCUGGAGAUCUACUAGAAAUUUAAUUUUGGUCAUUUGACUCUUUAGAUUAUGGUCUUGUAUAUGAGGAAGAAUAGAAAUAUAUAUUAGAUUAUGGUAAUUUGAUUUGAUUCACAUACCCAGCUA